UAAAAAAUCCCCCGCAAGGUGUCUGUUCAAAAUCCAAGAUGGCGUCACAAAUGGCUCAGACAGAUUCAGGAGACGACUCUCUUUAUCCAAUAGCUGUGUUAAUUGACGAGCUAAGGAACGAAGAUGUACAGUUACGCCUUAACAGCAUCAAGAAAUUAUCAACGAUAGCACUAGCCCUUGGUGUUGAAAGGACCAGGACUGAGCUCAUCCCUUUCCUUACAGACACAAUCUAUGACGAGGAUGAAGUGCUGUUAGCUUUGGCUGAACAACUGGGAAAUUUUACUCCACUUGUGGGAGGACCAGAGUUUGUCCACUAUCUUCUGCCUCCUCUGGAGAGUCUGGCCACUGUAGAAGAGACUGUUGUCCGUGACAAGGCUGUUGAUUCUCUACGUACCAUAGCUGCUCAACACUCGCCAGCAGACCUGGAAAGUCACUUUGUUCCACUUGUGAAACGGUUGUCUGGAGGUGACUGGUUCACCUCUAGAACGUCAGCGUGCGGACUGUUUGCAGUGUGUUAUCCGAGAGUAUCAAAUACCAUCAAAGAUGAACUCCGGCUACAAUUUAAAAAUCUGGCGGGAGAUGACACACCGAUGGUUCGUCGGGCUGGUGCCGGAAAGCUUGGAGAAUUCGCCAAAGCUGUUGAGACAGACAAACUGAAGGGAGACCUUAUACCUCUGUUUACAGUGCUGUCUCAGGAUGAACAGGACUCUGUGAGAUUAUUGGCAGUGGAAGCCUGUGUCAGCAUCGCCUCCCUGCUUCCCUCGGAGGACACUGAUCAGUUUGUGAUGCCUACACUACGACAAGCAGCUGAGGACAAGUCCUGGAGAGUUCGCUACAUGGUUGCAGACAAAUUCAUUGAACUACAAAAGGCAGUAGGACCUGAAAUUACAAAGAAUGACCUAGUCCAGGCUUUCCAAGGGUUACUGAAGGAUUGUGAGGCAGAGGUCAGAGCUGCCGCGGCUCAUAAGGUCAAAGAUUUCUGUCAGAACCUGUCACCAGAUGUACGUGAGAGCGUGAUAAUGACUAGUAUCCUACCCUGUGUGAAGGACCUGGUUUCUGACGCCAAUCAGCAUGUCAAGUCCGCCCUUGCCUCUGUUAUCAUGGGCCUCUCACCCAUCCUUGGAAAAGACAACACAAUAGAACAUCUGUUGCCCCUGUUCCUUACACAACUGAAGGAUGAAUGCCCAGAGGUCAGACUGAACAUCAUCUCAAAUCUUGACUGUGUUAACGAGGUUAUCGGAAUCAAACAGUUAUCCCAGAGCCUUCUGCCGGCGAUUGUUGAGUUAGCCGAGGACACUAAAUGGAGAGUGAGACUGGCCAUUAUAGAGUACAUGCCCCUCCUAGCUGGACAAUUGGGUGUUGAAUUCUUUGAUGAAAAAUUGAAUUCUCUGUGUAUGACUUGGCUUGUAGACCAUGUGUUUGCUAUCCGAGAAGCAGCAACAUUGAACCUUAAGAAGUUGGUGGAGAAGUUUGGUUCGGACUGGGCUACCCAGACUGUUAUACCUAAAGUGAACUCCAUGGCGCGCGAUCUUAACUACCUACACAGACUAACAUGCUUAUUCUGUAUCAAUCUAUUAUCAGAGGCCCUUGGGUCGGAAAUUACAAACAAGAUGCUUUUGCCAACAAUUGUCAGUCUUGCAACCGAUUCAGUUGCCAAUGUUAGGUUCAAUGUCGCCAAAAGUCUUCAAAAAUUGGGACCUCAUUUUGACCAAACAACACUACAGGGACAGGUUAAAACUACGCUGGAAAAGCUGAAGACCGAUACAGAUAUGGAUGUAAAGUACUAUGCUGCGGAGGCAUUGGAUGUACUUUUUCAUAGGAAGUCAUAGUAGACAAUAUAGCUUUGAAGCUGAGCUAAGAAACAAAUCUAGAUAUUAGGUAAAAAUUUUCAACAAGUUAUGUGCUGUUUCUUCAAUGUUUGAUGUUGUGAAUUCUUUGGCAUGAAUCUUACCGACAUCGUGUUGUAUCCAUCGAUUGUCAUCAGUUUCAUCUGCACAGCAGACAAACAGACAGAUGCUGCACACAAAAGACUUGAGUGGACAAGAAGACAUGUAUACUUUGCACUAUAAUUGAAUAGGAAAUGUAUGUUACUGCAAUGAUCUUAACGCUACAGUAGUUUAUGAUGAGAGAAAAAUUGUCACAGGUUUCUGCAAAACAAUGAUUUUAAAGCCCUUGGACCAAGGAAAACUGAAAUCCCAGCAAACAUUUGGAUUUUUGCAGCAUCAAAGUUCUGAGUCGGCAAGAUGUUUAAAUGACCUUGACAUCAUGUGACCUGGUGACCUUUGUGACCCAAGAAGCUGCUUCAUUGUGAUUCUAGUAAAUACUGGUCUAACAGAUUAUAGUGAUUUAAUACUUAACAUACACUUGCUCAUAAGUACUGUUCUCUCUCAGUACCAGACACCCGAGGAAUCCUUUAAAGUGUCAAGAGUUUCUGAGAGCUAGAUAAUGUUAUAAUCACCUUCCUCUAAGGAAAUCAGGAUUCCUGUUCAGAUUUCUAUGUAACUGAAUGAAGACUGUUUACAUCAACCUGUUUUACAAGAGAAAUAAUACUUACAUUGUGUUUGUUUACGUGUGUGAAAAAAAUCAUUAAUAAUCAAGAGCAGUGUUUUUCUGUAAACAUUUGUACGGACAACAAAAGUUAAUUUUAACUGUUUUAGUUCACUGUUCUGGGAUGCAAUGUAGAUAUUGAUUGAUACAAUGUUUUUUGAGAUGCUUCCUCAUGAAGACGACAUUUAGCUAGCUAAUUUUGAUAAAUUAUUUGUGAUGAGGAAUUUAUAAAUUUUAAUUGUUUGAUGUAGUUUCUUGUUUUUCUUUCCACUUCGCCACAAUAACAAUGAGAUAGUACAUCCUUGUAUGGAAACUUUAUAUAUAGAUAUCUACAUCCUCGUCACCGUCUCAACACAGUGGUAUGGACAUUGUAUAGAUAUCUACAUUUACAUCACUUUCUGUCCAUACAUCAUUUACAAAUAUCCUAACAGGUCAUUUUUUGAGAAACAUCAAACAGCAGUAUUCAGGAUUGAAUAUCAACAUUGAUUGUAUCUGUGAAUUAGCUCUAGGGGUUCAGGCUUUAUUUGUGUAAAGUAUGAGAUGUUAUCAAAGUUGUCAAUUUUGCGUAUAAUUUGUUGAAUAAUAGAAUAACUUGAAAUUAUGCAUAUUAUUUCUAUCAGUUUUGAUGAUUAUAUGAUUAAUUUGUUUGCAUUAACAGAAUCCAUGAAAAUUGCACAUUACUACAUGUAUUUUAUAUGUCUCAACUUAAGUGCUAUUUAAGAUGUAAUUGAGGUUGAGAAAAAGUGGAAAAAUGAAAGGGAAAAAAAAAAUGAAAAAAAAAUGUGUGGUAGUGUCACAUGGUAUGAAUUUUGUUAGCAGUCGUAAUUGUUAUGUAUCUCCCCCCUAAAGUAAUAGGCUAAGACCAUAUAAGGACAUGUCAAAAUGGGUCAAAUCCAUAUAAGGGCAUGUCAUUAAUGGGUCAUAGCCAUAUAGGGACAUGUCGAAAUGGGUCAUAGCCAUAUAAGGACAUGGCAAAAAUGUUUUAUAUCCAUGUAAGUGUAUGAUUAUGACUAAGCCAUGCCCAUUAAAGGCAUAGUCUACUUAGGGGAAACAAAUUAUAGUCGAUGUCAUUAUGCAGAAGAUAUGGUUUAAUGUCCAUAAUAUAAAUCACAUAGGAUAGAUGUGUUCAAGUAGUUCAGUAUGGAAUUCUAUUGUGAACCAAUGGUGAAGAGAAUGCUUUAAACAAAUCUCCACUUUUAUCAUUACAGAAGGGAUUCUAAUGUUAUCGGGAUAGCGACAUUUUAUAUCUGAUCUGAUGAGAUUAAUUCUUAGGAGAAAUGCUGCUUUAUAUACUAACGAUGGAAAAAGGAAUUGGCUUCAGAAUACACUGGUCGUAAAAGCAAUAUGGACAUUAUAUUUAAAUAAAAUUAACUUAAGUAUA